AUGACGACGAAGGAGGAUGAGAAGAUGGAGGCAAAACUGAAGGGUUUCAAAUCUGAUGGUCUGGUCAUCAACGAGCUUGUGGGAGAGGGACGUGGAUUUCAGUUUUGCCCUACAGAACAAGAGCUGAUUAUGGCCUAUUUGAAGAAGAAAGUGAUGGAUGAGCCGUUAGAACCAAACCCAAUCAUUGAAGUUGAAAUUUACAAGUUCAAUCCUCAACAGCUAUCCAAUAGAAAAUAUACAAACGGAAAGAGGCCAAAACGAUCAACACUAGAUGGAUACUGGAAGGCAAUAAGAAAAUGUCAAUCAAUUCAUUCAGAAGAUGGAACAACUUUAAUUGGUAAAUGGAGAACUUUGGUUUAUUACGAAGGCACUUAUCAGCAAAGUAAGAAGACUCAUUGGAUCAUGUGUGAGUAUUUUCUGGAUGAGAUAACACAUGCAAGAACAAGUCCUUUGGAUAUGAAGUUGGAUGAUUGGGUUUUGUGUAAGAUUUACAAGAACAAUAAGAACUACAAGAAUAGCUGUACUGAGAAGGAAACAUGGUUAGAACCAUUAAGAAUGGAGUCAAUUCAAAUGACUUGUUCUUUACAAAUAUUGCCUCAACCUCCUCAAUCACAACUUGAAAGCGACAACAUGGAUCAAUUUCAGUUCAAUAAUCCUCAUUCAUCAGAAAUCUCUCAUGCUUUUCCUGGUCCCGCAUCUUUUUAUGAAAUUAUAAAUAAAAAGUCAAGUUCAGAUGAUGUUUGGAAAUACAUAGAUCUUGAGAAUUUGGACACAGAAAACAAUGAUCCUAUGGUCUCAAGCAUGCUUCCUUCUAUGGUGGACACAACUACAUCAUCAGUAACAUUUCACCCAGAAAUGGAGUCUUCAAGCUUCAUAUUCAUCUAA